GGUACGGGGGAGAUCCGUGUCGCGCGCGACGCCCGCUGGUGACGGAAGUGGGUCACCCCCUCGGCAGAGGCGCGCCAGGCCUCCGGAAUCCGGGCGGUCCGUCGACGACGACGGCGACGACGGAGUGCGCGCGUUAACCGUCAACCUGGUGUAAUGUAACGACGCGCGGAGGGAGCUCGGAACGAGAGACCAUCCUCUUGGAAGCAAGACCAGGGUAAGCCGUGAUCCUCCACUUCCCCCCCUCCUCCUCCUCCCGGACGACGGACGGCAGCAAGUGGGGCCCGGCGCACAGUAUGGGAGCGAUCCGUCGUAUGUCGGCACGCGGCAGCGGUGCUCCGAUCCACAACGGUGGAGUCCACGAGGGAGCGACGACGACGACGGCCGUCAGGUCGUCCGCCGCCGCACGACGCGCACGAUGAUAUAGUUCCCUCGCCGACGAUCUCGCGCUGCGAAAAACGAAGGAGAGGAAAGUGAACGAGAGAGCAGUACGGCCGAGUACAAGCGUCGUUCGUCAUGUUCCACCAUCUGCAUCUCAGGAGUCGUCUACUGCAGACCCUGAUCCUCGCGCUGAUCGGCCUGACAUUCUACGCGUACUACCGCACCGCCGCGUACGAUGUCCACCAAUACGGCUUGCCGCGAAACACCAGUAACUCCGCGUAUCAAGAUGGCCUUCACGCGCACGCGAAUCUUAGCCAGUCUAGAAACUCCAGCUCGGACGGCAUGUCUUUGAGCGCACCAUACGUAGCGCACAACAACUCCAGCAACAACUCCUUAAUUUUCAUCACCACGCUAUCGACGUCCUCUAGCGCGCAGUCCUUAUCUUCAUCCUCAUCGUCGUCGUCGUCUUCCGUGAGCACAUUGGAUAGCUCCAAGCGGGGCGCGAAUGUCGUUGUCACCAACUCGACCAAACUGGCGCCAAUCGUGGUGAUUCGCAACGAUUCGGCGCGCGCCAUAUAUGAGGCCGGGCAUACCGUGUCGAUUCCGGAACGUUGCCCGCACCUCGGCAAGGAUAUGGACCUGGUGGUGAUUGUGAUGUCCGCGCCGACACAUCUCGAGGCGCGUACGGCUAUCCGACAGACCUGGGGCCACUUCGGCCAGCGCAGGGACAUAAGCAUUCUCUUCAUGCUCGGCGCGACUCGGGACCCGAGAGUAGAGGCAAUCCUGCACAAAGAGCAAAACAUGUACAACGAUGUGAUACGCGGCCGUUUCCUCGAUUCGUAUGCGAAUCUCACGCUCAAGACCAUCUCGACGUUGGAGUGGGUGGACGCGUACUGCCCGAAGGUCAAGUACCUGCUCAAGACCGACGACGACAUGUUCAUCAACGUGCCGCGGCUGCUGGCGUUCGUGUACAAGCAUGCGAAGGACCGUAACGUGAUAUUCGGCCGACUGGCCAGGAAGUGGAAGCCGAUCCGCAAUCGCAAGAGCAAGUACUAUGUGUCGCAGGCGCAAUUCCAGCAGUCGGUGUUCCCGGACUUCACCACCGGGCCGGCAUACUUGUUGUCGAGCGACACGGUGCGCCGCCUGUACGACGCCGCCCUGGACCAGACGUAUCUCAAGCUCGAGGACGUGUUCACCACGGGCAUCGUCGCGCACCGACUCGGCAUCCGGCGCUCGCACGCCAACGAAUUCCUCAACAAGCGGAUACAGUACACCGCCUGUAACAUCCAGCGCGGCAUCAGCAUACACAUGGUUAAGUACAGCGAGCAGUUCGACCUCUGGAAGAAGUUGCUUGACGGUAAGAGUAAGUGCAAGUGAUGAUAGCCGGCAGCGGAAGCGGUGCGACAGCCGAAGGCGACGAAGGUCCUACGCCUGACCCUGGCGAACCAAAUGGUGCGAUCGUUACCGCCUUAAUGAGUCGAUUCGAGUGCCGACCGGUCGAUUUACGCGCCGACCGGCUGACGCGAUAUUGGUACCAGCCAUCGUCGUUUUCACUGACGACUUCGCACACGUGCAUACGUAGCCGCGAGCGCGCGCGCGAGCACACACAUACACACACACACACACACACACACACACACACACACACACACACACACACACACACAGAGACACAAGUACAUCACAUUAUUCGGUUCAAGUGCGAGUGAGUGGCAUACAUAAGGGGGAGCGUAGUGAAAAUUGUGAGCCGCGUAGAGAUAUACGGCGUAGAGAGAUAACGCCGCGCCGUGUGGAAAUUUUUACACGAUGCACGCCACAAGUCGUGCCCACCAAGUCGGGGACUUUCCUCACAGGAGAGGUCGUACUCGAGAGUGGUAAACUUUUUAUUCUGGAAGUAAUCUCCGGAGCCUAGAGAGGACAGAAUCUAUACUUUUUUGUAUCUUUUUUAUAUCUCUCUGAAUUCCAAAGAAUUUUUUUAUUAUUGUAUAGAGUUAAUUUUGUAAAAUAUUAUUUCCUGUAAUACAUAGAAAUUUUAUUUUCUCGAGAAGAGAGAGCGGCGCGUGAAGUAAUUACAAAUGGUUCUGUAAUUUUGUCGUUGAUGUUUCGGCUCUUUCUUUUUUUUUCUUUUUUUUUUUACGUGUUAAACCCGGUAUUAAACUGUUCUCCCAUAAAUACGAUCUUUCGUCGCACGUUUAACGCCGAAUGAGCAUUCCUGAUGCAUUUAUACCCACAUUUAGAGCAUACCGACAACAAAGUCGGACAAUCGCGUCCGACAUUAAUCUGAGAAUAGUCACUUAGAGUUAUCACACUCCAGUAAAAAUAAAGCUCAGUUACAAAAUUCAAAAUUAUCAUCCUUUAAAAAAGAUUAUAUAUAUAUGUACAUAUACGUUAUAAUAUUAAAUAAAUUAUAUGAAUUGUAAAACAAUAAUAUAUAAUAUACAGGAUUGGAUAAGUUAACUUUUUUUAAACGAAAGUUAACAGUUUAUAAAAUUAAUUCACAUUAAAAGUUAUUUGGCUACUAGAAGUCACCAUAUCACGAAAACUGUUUCUCCAAGAGGAAGCUCUUCUUUUGCUCUGCGGUUGACUGAUCUUCGCAAAUAUCUGUAAUAUGCAUAUUAAAAAAAAAAUUUGUACUGAACAAGAAACUCAAUUAAGAGUUACUUUAAAUUAACUUUAUUAUAAAGUUAAAUUAAAAGUUAAUUUUCGAACUAUGAGUGCGGCCAGCAAUGAUACAUUUUCACUGUUGAAAAAAUGAUUGGUUAUAUUUAUUCUCGAUUUAGUAAAAACAUGAUUAAUAUAUAUUUUUCGUAAUCAUAUUUUUUUAUGUUUUUUAUUAAAUCGGGAAUAAAUAUAAGUAAGCUCUUUUCCAAUAAAAUUACUCGUUAAUAACUGCACUCAGAACAAUUAUAAUAUACAUCAUGGAAUAAAUGUAACAUUUUAUUUGUUAAGUUUACAUGAAAUAAUGUUUGUGAGAAUGUAUUUUUGCUUUUAUAUAAAAGAUAAAUUUCCAACUUAGGAAAAAAGGUUAAUAAAUUACUUAAAAUUGAUCAAAUUAAAUUAAAAAUUAUUAACUUUUUGACUUGGUUAUUUAACUUGAUAACUAGUUAAUAUCCAAUCCUGGUAUUUUUAUAAAAAUGUAAUACUGCAGGGCAGUGUUAAAUUAGCCAAUAAUUAUUACUUAUUUUGAGUGUUAACUGUACUAACAGCAAUACUUUUAAUACUUAGAUUAAGUGUUAAUUACUGGCCAAUUUAAUACUGUCCAGUAUUACAAUUUUAUAAAGGUAAUGUAUUUAAUAACAGUGAUUUUUAAUUAAAUUUUAAAAAUCACUCAAAGAAAAGUUAAUUAUUUGUGAAAAACCGUUAGGUGACUAUUCCCGGGUUUAAGCGGAAAGAACGCGGGACGGAUAUUUUUACGACGUAACGUAGGAGGACCGCCGUUCCCAGAGGGUUCCUUUGUGUAAUUGGCGACCUCGUCGUACUCAUCAACGACAUCCGAUCCGGUAUAAUCAGGUCAGAGUAGAUAUCUAACAGGAUGUAUCGGGUGCCACGCACUUUCUCUCAAUUAAGAAGAGAAUCCGGGGACGGAUUUUUCUUCCUUUUCUUUCUUUACGUCUCGUUAGGAUGCCAUUUAAUGUCCAAGUACACUUCUGAAUUACGUUCUAGCGUCAACCGAAGGAUUUCGUAACGACCAAUUAAUCUUAUCUUAUUGUCGGUCAACUGUCGGUCCCGACAAUCAGUCAGAGCCCGCUCGACAAAAUACGGUCAGAGAUUUCGCUCGUUAGAAGCACACGUCUAAAAAAAAAGAAAACAAAACAAAAAAAACGUGCGUGCGUCUGCGUAAUUAUAAAAUCCGUUCGCGAGAGAGGAGCGACGAACGAUACGUAGCGCAGCGUAUCUCGUCGCCGAGAUUAUUGCGCAUCAUUGCGCCAAUCGAGAGCAGCCCGCGGCGGCGGCGGCGGCUGCUGCUGCUGCUGCUGCUGCUGCUGCUGCUGUACGCCCGAGAUGCGAAAUAAAUGUGUCAUGAAUGAGACGAGUAUACCCGAAGCGACUUCCCUCCUCCGUUCUACCCCCGAAUAUUAUCUAGUCAUCGUCUGGAUAAUAUGCGAUAACGCGGCGCGGGUGCGCGCGCUGGCGCGUCCAAUAUCGCGCCGUUCCUCCUUUUUUUUUUCGUAUCCUGCGGAAGUAUCGUACUACGCUUCCGCUCUCUCGGAGUGCCAUACGACGCGUCCGUGGCGACGGUUACAAGAGACUUUUCGGGGACGAAAUGUGCGUAAAAGAGGAAAAGGAAAGUUGACGCGACGCCGGAGACGAAAACGGCCGAGCGUCAACCGAGAUACACCCGGGAUGGACGGGACGAAGAGAUUAUUCCUCGGUUGAGAUAAGAUCCUCGGUUGUCAAGGACGUACAUCGCCCGUGUAGUUACCGAGAAAAGCACGAGGUCGGAAUGGUGUUAAAAUAUUCAUACCUUUUUAUGUGAAAACGAUUAUUAAAACUGUAUACGUACAUGACAUGCGAUUGUAUGGAAAAGAAUACAUCAUAUUUAUUUGACAAGUAACUUUUAUAAUUUAUUUAAUAUAUUUGCUAUCGUUUUUUUUAUGGGUAAUACUUUAAUUUUAAAAAUAAUGACAGAAGUCUCAUUUUUUUAUUUAUUUUUAUGUGGAAAGUACAAUUUUAAUUUUGUACUUUUAGAAGAAGCUGUACAUGUAAUUUAUUUUUUAAGUUUUUAACGAAUCUCCUAUGACUAUUAACUAAAUGCAGUCUGAUUUUUAAAUAUAAGUCCUCUCGGUUACUUUUUAUAAAAAUCACGUUAUAUUUUUUUUCAAUUGACGUUUCUAUUGGUCUUAUUGUUUAGAGUUGGAGAAUCGUUGCGUCAUCUAUAAUCUCGCUGUCCCGUCCACACCGAUACUGCUCACAUUGAAAUUAAUUAGUUGUAGUUUUAUAUUUUAUUGCAUCUGUGGGAACUCGCACGUAUUUUGUUCCUAACGUGUCGCGUUUAAAGAAAAAGAGUGUAUUAUAUUUUAUUAGCAUAUUAUUAUUAAUAUUAAUAUUAUUAUUUUUAAUAUUAUUAUCAUUGUUGUCAUUAUCAUCAUCAUCAUUGUCUUUGUUUUAUCGCUGCUCCUUCGUUUUUCUAACGUCUUUCGUGCUUUUCGAGGAAUCGAAAUUAUCCUAGUAACGUUUUGACAAAAUUCAUAAAAUUAUUGCUGAUUUUUUUAAAGAGAGCUCAAUAUUAUAAGCCUGUAAUUCUGUGAAGCUUUCUUAGAAUUCUUCAGUUUUUAUAAAUUUAGGAAUUUGUUUAUAAUGUAUCUAUUCAAAUCUAUUGAAAAUAAAUAAUUAUAUUUCUA